CAACCACGUGCUGUUCAUGCUCCUUGCGUCUGCUGUCGGUGGUUCGCUGGUCAUCAUUUUCUCUUGUUCUUGUGUUGCUCACUUGCUCAGUCGCCUUCGUGUCCGUGAGUGGUUGCUUUUGGCUUAUUGGCUUGCUCUCCUCUCCUCCUCCCUGCUCUCCUUGCUCUGCUCUGCACCCAACUCUCCUUCGAGGAGCAUCAAGACAUGUUCCAGAACCGCGUCGUGUUCUGUCCGCAUCACCGGUACAACCUGAGGAUAUGUGACCGGCUAUAUGACGAGAUUGGACCGAACGCUGUGGGAUACCAUGAGGUUGUUCGAGCAGCCCAGUAUCUGACCAACCUCAGACGCGAUCUUGCAGCAGAAGUGAAGCGAGGCAAGAAAGGCGCCACGGAGCGCCUCGCAAUUGUCAACAUGGUUUCCUUUACUCUCGCACGACGACUUGAAGAGAGUCCCGAGCCUAAACCAGAGCAUCUAGUCUUUGCGGCGCACGCAGUAGCCAUAUGCUUCAAUUUUUGCGUGCUGUGCCUCUGCUUCAACCGAGCUGACUUCCAUCCCAAAAAUGAUUCUUCUGAUUCCGACGACGACGACGACGACGACGACGAUGACGACGAUGACGACGACGAAGAGUAG